GGAGAGAAGUGGGAGAGGUCGCGGCCCCGCCUCUCCCCUCCUCCCCUAGACACGGAAGCUCAGUGGCCCCCACGCCAGGAUGUCCCACGCUUGGGUCCCCGGCCUCGCUCCCGCCUUGCUGCUCAGCCUGCUGGCCGGCCUCCAACAGGCUGCAGCCACAUGUGCCCUCUUCUUAACCUGCCCCAAAGGACUGAAGUGCUGCGGUGAAAACUGCUGCCAAGAGAAUGAGUUCUUCUCUGGCUCCUUAAGGGUCUUCGUCAUCAUCUUCCUGGUCAUCCUGCCCCUCUUGUGCAUCUGUGGCCUGGCUAAGCGUUUCUGUCGCAACUGCAGAGAGCCGGAGCAGGACCCCCCAGUGGAUCGCCAGGGGCCCCCGGAGCUGCCCUCCGUAGCCCCCCCAGAGACGGUCAUGGCAUCCAUUGCUGAGCCACCACCCCCUUACAGUGAGGUCAUUAUGAAGCCCACCCUGGCCCUAACGCCCACAGAGCCCCCCCCUCCCUACAGCUUCAGGCCCGAAGAAUAUGGGGGUCAGAGGGGCAUUGACAACCCAGCCUUCUGAGCUGCCUCCUGCCUGGAAUCCUGCCGACAGCAGCCUCCUCCCCAGCACCUCCUGGAGCAAGCCAGAGACUUCUGGAACCCUGGAAUGCACACCCGCCAUCCUGCCAUGGCACUGGUCCUUCUUGGAUUUAACUUAUUAUUUUUUUCUGCUUCUGUUCCACUCGGCUGCCUCUCUUGUCCCGAGGGCUGAGCUGGAGCGACAGUACCUGUUCCCACCCAACCUGCGUUAGAGGCUGCCAGGAGGAAAAUGCCAGCUGUUGGAAGUGCCCAGCAGUGGAAUGGGCUACUCUGAGGGGUGGUAAGAGCCCCAUUUUUGGAGGUAUGCAAAUCUCCAGUGGACAGCCAGCUCUGAGAUAUUUUGAGGGCACCUCUGUGCCCACGGGAGAUUGGACUAGAUGAGCUCUGAGCCACCUUGAAUUCUGCCUGAGCAGAGAAGACCUCAUUGUACCCCCUAACACAUGCACAAAGUACUGUACUCACUAAAUUUGAGCAG